GGAUUACCACAAUUAAUUAAACUAAACAUUAAUUAUACAAACAAUUAUAGUUGAAUAUUUGUAAUAUUAGUUAGAAUAAGUUUUUAAUUGAUUUGUUUUAAGUAAAAACUGAUUGUCGAUAAGAUAUCAGAUACCUGACAUUGAUAUAUUGACCUCCCAAAAUGUUUUCUCGUCUCCAAAAAUUACAGGGUGUGUUACGUGUACAAUUCAAUUCAAUAUCAAAAUGUUUACACACAUCGAAUACUUGUAAACAUCCAAUGGUACCGAUAGUUAUCGAACAAACAGGACGUGGUGAACGUGCUUACGAUAUAUAUUCACGAUUACUUCGUGAUCGAAUUGUAUGUCUGAUGGGACCAAUCGACGACAUGAUGAGUUCACUGGUUGUGGCCCAGUUCUUAUUUUUACAAUCCGAAUCCAAUUACAAACCAAUACAUGUGUACAUCAAUUCACCAGGAGGCAGUGUGACCGCUGGUCUUGCCAUUUAUGAUACGAUGCAAUAUAUACUACCACCCGUGUCCACUUGGUGUGUGGGUCAAGCGUGUAGCAUGGCUUCUUUGUUGUUAGCCAGUGGCAGUCCAGGCAUGAGACACGCUUUACCUAAUUCACGUAUAAUGAUACAUCAACCUUCUGGUGGUGUCUCAGGUCAAGCUACUGAUAUUCAAAUUCAAGCUGAAGAAAUAAUAAAAUUAAAGAAACAAUUGAAUGAAUUAUAUGUAAAACAUACAGGUGUGAGUUUGGAGCGGAUUGAAGCAUCGAUGGAACGUGAUAAAUUUAUGUCUCCAAAAGAAGCUAUUGAAUUUGGAUUAAUUGAUCAAAUCUUAGCUCGUCCUGUUCAAAAUCAAGAAGAUACAGACACAGAUACCACUGCAACAGCAGAUACUAAACAAUCAACUAAUAUUAAUAAUAAUAAU